AAAAAUGGGUGCUAACUACUCAACUACUUUGCCUGAAGCUCAUAAUAUGCCAACCACACCACAAUUCAAGAAGUCUCAAGUCAUUGCUUUCCACUCUUCAACAAAGUGGAAACUUCAUUUUGAUUCUUUGAAAGAUACAAACAAAUUGGUUGUUAUUGACUUCACAGCUACAUGGUGUGGUCCUUGCAAAUAUAUGGAACCAGUUCUUACUGACUUUGCUGCAAAAUAUACAGACGUUGAGUUUAUCAAGAUUGAUGUUGAUGAAUUGGAUGAUGUAGCUCAGGAAUAUGGGGUUCAAUCGAUGCCAACGUUCGUGCUGAUAAGGAAAGGGAAGGUUGUUGACAAGAUUGUGGGAGCAGAUAAAGAUGGACUAAAGAUGAAAAUUGAGAAACACAAAGCUAUGUUCAUCUAA